UUCAUAAUCAAUUUUAAAGUCCCUUUAACUCUAAAGCUUCCUUUAGCUCGACAUCUUGAUUUCAUAAUAGAUUUCAGCUUCCUAAAGCCGCUUUAAAUUUAAAGACCGGAUUCCGUCACUUUAGCAGCUAAAGUAUACUUUAAGUCAUAGAAUAUAUUAUGAUUCGAUAUAAUCUGUGCUUCAGCUCAUUUGAAAUUUGAAUUAUUUCAUUUCGUAUUGAUAAUUCUUCACAUAUCUGAAUAAAGCUAUAUUCAAAAUAUACCAGAAUUAAAUAAAAAGAUGGAAAAUUUUGAGACUACUAGUUCAGAUUCAUCUGAUCAAGAGGUUCGAUCUAUCAGACGAAAAAAAGUUUAUCGCAAACGAGUAGAUCUACAAAAAUAUGAUGAUAUCGAUUUCUUCGACAGAUUUCGCUUGAAGAAAGAAACUGUUUUGCAUUUACUGCAAGAAAUAGAGGAUGCUAUAAAGAUGCCUACAAAUAGGGGCGGCUGUAUUACACCAAUACAACAACUUCUGCUAACGCUUCGAUUUUAUGCUACUGGUCAUGUUAAUUACCGUAGCAGACUUUAUGGGUGUUUCAGAAGCAUCUGCCAGUAG